ACUGGAGGUACUUCUCUAACAAUGACAAGCUAUUUUCCUGGGCCUGGUCCCAACAAUGGCGGCUCCCCCGCCUCGUCGCCCCUGUCACCUCCAACUCAGCGUUCGAGCGCCCUCUCCAAUCGCCUAACAUCCGUCUUAUCGGCUUCCUACGCCGACUCCGACAUCCGUGACGCGCUGGAAACUUUGAGCAUUCGGGGAAUUCACAAUACCGCGGAAACACGGCGCCAGCUUCGACUCGAUGUACAGAAAGAAGUGGUGGAUAGCAACGCGGAAAUCGUCCGAGACUUCGGAAAGGUUGCGGAGCAAUUGAAACGAAUUGGAAGCGUCAUCACCACUCUUAAUCAGACAUGCGAUGAAAUGCGCAAACACAUCAGUCUCGCCAAGCAGGAUACUACACCCGUGCUGGAGGAAGCUGCUGCGUUGAUGGCUCAGAAGAAGGAUACUGAAACGAAGCAACGACUGCUUGUUGCGUUUGAGAAGCAUUUCUUGGUUCCUGAGGAAGACCUCAUGGUCUUAAACUCAGCUGAAGAACCAGUCGACGACCGGUUCUUCGACAUUCUGGCACGUGUCAAACAAGUCCAUCACGACUGUGAACACCUACUUGGCGGGGAAAACCAGCGACUGGGCCUGGAGCUGAUGGAGCUGAGUACCCGGCAUCUCAACUCUGCCUACCAGAAGCUAUAUAAAUGGAUCCAGAAGGAGUUCCAGUCUUUGAACCUUGAGGACCCCCGAAUCAGUAGCUCAAUUCGCCGUGCUCUGCGGGUCCUGGCGGAGCGGCCAAGUCUAUUCCAUAGCUGUCUGGAUUUCUUCGCUGAGGCGCGUGACUAUGUUCUUGCCGAUGCGUUCCAUUAUGCGCUAACAGACGCCAUUUCUGGUGCUAAUGGGCCUAGUGCCGGCGACCGAAGUGUCAAACCCAUCGAGUUUUCGGCCCAUGAUCCACUCAGAUAUAUUGGAGAUAUGCUCGCGUGGGUACACUCCACAACUGUCUCCGAGAGAGAAGCCUUGGAAGCGCUGUUCGUUGCCGAUGGAGAGGAACUCGCACGAGGCAUUCAGGCUGGUUUAAAUAGCGAGCCUUGGUCUCGCAUUGACGAAGACCAGGAGGUCACCUUCGAUGGCCAUAAAGCGCUGAGCGAUCUGGUAAAUCGGGAUCUCAUUGGAGUUUCUCGUUCCCUACGGCAAAGAGUGGAGCUGGUGAUUCAAGGUCACGAUGACCCUGUCACUUGCUACAAGGUCGUCAAUUUGCUAUCCUUCUACCGAACCACCUUCAUAAAAUUGGUUGGCCCCAAGGCCCAGCUGGUGGACUUGAUGCAGAGUUUGGAGAAAUUUACACUUGGACACUUUGAGAAUUUGAUGCGAGAGGAAGUCAGCACACUGUCAAACGACCAACUGGCUUUGGCUCCCCCGCAAGACCUUUCGCCUCCAGAAUUCUUACUAGAUGCAUUGGAGGGCUUAGUUUCACUCAUGAAAACGCACGAGGCAUCGGUCCGACCGGACGAAGAAUCCGAUACGGAUAGCGAGAACAAGUUCACUCCUGUUCUCCGAGCUGCCUUCGAUCCAUAUUUGACUCUAGCUCGAUCCUCGUCCGAAGAGAUUGACGACUCGACAGCGCAGACCAUCUACCGCACCAACAUCCUUCUCGCAGCCCGCGCAACUGUCUCCUCAUUCGGGUUUGCUAGUAUCACCCACAUGAACCCACUGUCCAACGCUAUAUCUACUCUCCGUACGAAUCUGCUCGAUAUUCAGCAUCAAUUUUUCCUUGAUAAUUCUGGUCUGCAGACUCUGCUAGAUGCUCUAGAGCCUUUCUCCAAAUCGGGUAGAGACUCAGAACAAGACAGUGAAAAUGAAGAGAAGCCGGAGCAAAAGCUUCACCUUGCAGACCUGGCCACCCUCCCUGCUUUCCAACCAGAGGCCCUAGUUGCGUCCAGCCAGCAGCUGGACGACUUCCUCCCAUCUGCCCUCAUGGAUGCAGCUGAUCAUCUCAAACGUGUCCAGAGCGCCUCACUCAUUCAGAGUGUCACUGAAGAUGCCGUCGAAGCAUUCUGUCGUGAUUUCGAGUUUGUCGAGGGCAUGAUUAUUGCCGCUGAUGAGGCCAGAGGAAUGAGCCAGUUUAGCUUAGGUACGGGUGGCAGUGUGAUUAGCGGUCGUAGCGGGAGAUCCACUCGUAAGACCACGGGUGAAGAUGACGAGGAAGAGAAGGAGGACCAAUGGAGUCUACGCUCAUUGUUCCCUCGCACGACUGGAGAGAUCCGUGUCUUGUUGAGUUAA